CAACGAGCAUACCAUGGCUUCUCAAGCAUCUCGUUUCGAUCUCCCCGGCUAUAAAUUGCCGUUGAACUUCACUUUGGGGAAAAAUUAUAACUCGCCUAGACUCUUUCCCAACGCGCUGAACUACAAUGAUAUCGAGGGAGGCUACGUGGGUCGAUCAAACACCCAUCGGGAUCUGUUGAUGAUGCAGGCGAUUCAGUCCAUUACGGAAAAGCCUCAAUGGAAUCGAAAGGCUUUUGACGACGAAAUCAUGUCGAAAUGGCGCGACGAACUCCUCAGCAGCGGCAAGGAUAUCACGCCCAAGAUGACUGAUUGGAUCUUCAAGGAGCUCCAGUGGAAAGCUGGUGUUUUUCAUGAGACGGGAUACACCGUCGCUUUCGAUCCUGGCGUUGUCAAGGCAGACGGUAUAAUCCCGUCCGAGCUCCAGAAGGAAUUGAAAGAUGCAGCUCGUCCGCUAGAGGAUGUUCCGGAGGAGGAGAAAGAUUACCAUCCUGGGUCGGACAAAAAGGUCGUUGACCUGGUGCAUCCUUCGCUCUUCCCUGUCAUCUAUGGCCGUACUCGCAUCCUUUCCGACCAGGUGAUUCGACUCGAUGACUGUUUCAGCACCAUAGGGCAGGGCCAGUUACUUCAAGUGCCACCAGAGGAACAAGCUCACAUUCCCAACGACAGCUAUGGCUAUUCGGCUUACCCAGGUCACCAAGGCUACAGCCGCCAAUUCCAAUGGCUGCCUUGUGAUAUUGAGCUUACUCCAGACAAUGGAUGUCACAUUGCCUCAUAUGUGAACAACCUACAUCCCCAGAAGCACCGGGACCUAUACCAAGCCAUUGAAAAGAUCCUCGCCAGAACAAUCCCACUCUGGGAUGCGACUCUAACUAACGUGAAUUCUGACUACAACCGGAUUCCUUACCACACGGUUGAAUUCCACGGACAUCCGGAUCCCGAACCUCGGCCCGCCAAUGAAGAGGAGGAGGACAGCGAUGAAUUUUGGCAACGACAUUCGGAAUGGGAAAACUCAACACCCAUUAAAAAGCCUGAGCCGGGCGAAUUUAAACCGCCCGAGGUUCAUCCGUAUGACAAGGUCGACUUACGCGAGCAGUUUGCCAAAACGGGGUUGCAGGUUAUCGUCAAACUGGCCAACAUCGAAUUGAACCCAGAAAAGCCCGAGUACGAAGGGGGAUCAUGGCACGUAGAAGGGCAGCUGAACGAGCAUAUUUGCGCAACCGCCCUAUACUACUACGACAGCGAGAAUAUCACGGACAACACUCUCUCCUUCCGGCAGCGCGCCCGCGAAGAUAUGUACGAUGUCUCCUAUCCUCAAGACCAACACGGGUUUUUGAAUGAAAUUUAUGGCUUUCCUCCGGAUGUUGAUGGUCGUAACGACGCAGUCAUCACACAAGAUCUAGGUAGUGUGUCGACCCACGAAGGCCGUCUGCUGACAUUCCCCAAUAUCCUCCAACACCGCGUGUCUCCUUUCUCACUGGCAGACAAAUCGAAACCCGGACACCGCAAAAUCCUCGCCUUCUUCUUAGUUGAUCCGAAUCUCCGCAUCAUCUCUUCGGCGCACGUUCCUCCACAGAGGGAGGAUUGGUGGAUUGAGAGAAGGAUCGCGCUUGAAGAGUCUCUGAUGGUGCUCCCACCUGAAUUACGAAACAUGAUUCAUGGGGAAACAAAUGUUACUCCUAUUACCAUGGAUGAGGCAAAGAACUAUAGGUUGGAUCUCAUGGAGGAGAGGAAGGCUGCAACUGCUGAGCACAACAGCGAUUUUGAAAACGGCAAUUUUAGCUUGUGCGAACAUUGAUUAAUGUCAGACGUUACUUUUGAUAGUCUUCUCUAAUCUCAACACCUGUUGCUAUUGCUGUACUCUGUAAAUAGCUUGACGAUAAGUAACGUAGUAGACUUGGAACAAUUUUGCCGAUAAACAUGCGACGCCCUGGCUUUACUUAUAGGAAUGGUGAC